AUGCUCGACGACGAGGCCACCGACCCCGCCAUCGCCGCCCUCCGCUCCAAGCGGGAGAGCGAUAAGGCACGCCCCCACCUCUGCCUUCCCCAUCGCUACAUAUUCAAAAAAAAAAAAAAAAUACAAGACUACUACUACUGCCGCUACUGCGACAAGACGUGGCCGCUCAACUACUUCAGGAACAGUCAGCAGUUCGGCGCCCACUGCAGCAACUGCAGCCGCAAGAAGCGACCCUCGCCCAACGGCGAGACGGACGCGGUGGUGGCCAAGCCCAAGAGGGAGCGCCGUGACCGCAAGAGGGUGAAGCGGGAGCCCAUUCCGGCGGCCCCGUACUGGAGCGAGGGCGACGCGAGCGCCUCGCCCACGGCAUCCCCGGCCUCGUCACGAGCGUCGUCCGCCUUCACCUCUUCGCCGCCCACCUCUUCGAUGAUGCCCACAUCGCCCUCGUCGUCGUCGUCGGCGUCACGCAAGCGGGAGCGCGACCACAGCAGCGAAGGCGCCAUGACCAAGCGCAGGUCGAAGCACCACAACAACGGCGCCAUCUCCAAGAGCGCGCGUAGAGGCCACCACCACCACCACCACCAUCAGGCCACCAUCAGCAACGCCUCGAGAAGCGGCAGCGGCAGCAGCGGCAGCAGCGGGGGCGACAGCGACGGGGAGGAGGACGAUGAGGGUGACGACGACGAGGGCGCGUGGGAGCGGCUGUUCGAGAAGCUGAAGGGGAACAGCGCGGGGCAGGUGGUGGCCACCACCACCACCACGGCGCCUGCCGCGGUGUCGCGGGUGCUGAGCGAGGAGGAGCGGCGGCGCGAGGUGGAGUUGCUCGAGAAGGAGGUGACGCUGCUGCGGUACCAGGUGCGGCUCAAGGAGCACUGGCACAAGAAGAGCCUCAAGGAGGUCAAGCACAACAUGGAGGAGGAGCUCCACGAGCUGCAGAAGGACCUCAUCUACUCGUUCGAGGUGGCCCAGGCCUGCAUCAAGCUCGAGCUCGAGUCCAACGAGAAGGAGGAGACCCAGGUCCUCCUGGCCUUCGCCCGCCACAUCUCCCUCCCGCCCACCCCGCAGCCCCAGUCGCCCCAACAGCGCCAGCAGCAGCUCCAGCAGCAGUCGAGGGACAGCGCGAGCGCGAGCGAGGCGGGGAGCACGAGCAGCAGCGGGACGUGCACGCCGUGCCACGACAACCUGGACAAGCUGCGGCAGGACGGGGAGCAGCUGCGACGGAGCUGCACCCAGCAGCUGGCCAAGCUCAAGACGGAGCUCGAGCAGCAGUUCAACGCCAAGGAGGAGAUCUUCAUGCGCAUGCUGGGCGAGACCAAGACCCACUUCUCCGCCUCCACCCAGCGCCUGCGCAAGAAGAUCACCGAGAUCGAGUCCAUCAUCGGCACCCUCCGAACGCCGGCGGCCUCCGAUAUCGCCUCGCCGUCGCCACCGGCCUCCAAGAUCGCCCCGCCGGCGCUGAGUGCCGCCACAUGUCAGUGA